AUGGCGCCAACUCGCCCACCGCCACCACCCUCCUGGUCCAGCAUCCCAAACAAAGCCCAACUCCUCCUGAUAAUGUCCGUCCGCAUAGCCGACUUCUUCCAACAAGCCGCGCUUCAAGCUUACAUGUACUACCAGCUCAAAUCCUUCGACCCCUCGGCCCCGGACAGCGAGAUCUCGUUUCAGGCCGGUGUCCUCCUCGGCGUCUUUACCGCCGCGCAGAUUUUUACUGGUAUCGCAUGGGGACGUAUCGCGGACUCCAGCACGAUGUGGUGUGGUGGGAGGAAACGCGUUAUGAUGUUGGGGUUGUUGGGCCAGGGGGUCGCGUGUUGUGGUGUGGCGUUCUCGCGGAGUUUCAGAGCGGCUGUAAUCUGGAGGGGGCUUGGAGGAACCUGGAAUCUCGCGAAUAUCUCUGGGCCGGUUGUUGGUGGGUCGCUGGCUGAUCUCGGGGCACGGUAUCCGGGAUGGUUUGGGGAGGUGAAGUGGAUGAGGGAGUUCCCAUAUGCGGUGCCGAAUUUGUUUUGUGCGUUGGUGUGCUGGGCAGAUGCGCUGUUUUUGUUUCUGUGGUUAAGGGAAACUCUGGCUGGAAGAAAAGACAGAAGUGACCUGGGCCUGGAGAUCGGUGAGAGGAUCAGCAGUGGGAUGCGAAUGGUGUUCUUCACACGGACGGGAUAUCGCCAAGUCGGACAGGAUGAUAUGGACGCAGAAUUGCCGCAUAGCACAUCCGGAUUCGACGACAACGAAGAGUCUGCGAGCAGAUCACUGGCAGCUCUGUCCGCGAAAGAGGAGACAGAUGUUCGAGACACCGGACUUCUUGGCCAAGAGCACGAGAUACCGCCCCGAGCUUCGUUCUACGAUACACUCACCCGCAAUGUCUUCUGUGUCCUUCUCACCAUUGCUUUCCUCGAUUUUCAAAUGGGCGGCUUCACGAGCUUAUGGACUGUUACACUCUCCUCUUCGCGACGCACGCCGGCCGAUGACAAAUCGAUCAGUCUCCCGUUUCACUUCGCUGGCGGCCUUGCGAUGUCACCAGCAACGAUCGGAGUCGCUAUGUCCUCGCUCGGCUUUGCAGGAAUCCUCUUUCAACUCACCGUAUACCCACGAGCUAUCGCCAGGUUUGGGCUGGUGCGGUCACUAAGAUGGGCGCUCUUCGUCUACCCUCUGGCGUAUGCGAUCGCGCCUUACCUUUCCCUAUUGGUCAACCACAGGAUCUUGCUGUGGCUAGGGAUUGUUCUAGUCGCAUCAUUACAGGUCGGCGCUCGGACAUUUGCAGCACCUGGAGUGGUACUGUUGACGAACAAUGCCAGCCCGAGUCCGCAAGUGCUUGGAACAGUACAUGGUAUGGGAGCUGCGACGAGCAGUAUGUUCCGGACGGUGGGACCUAUUGUGGUCGGCCAUUGGUACUCACAAGGACUGGAGGAGGGAGUCGUGGGCAAAGCGUGGUGGCUGUUGAGUCUUGUUGCGUUAGUGGGCGUUGUGCCAAGUUAUUGGGCGAGAGACGGCAAGUGA